AUGAAGAGGUGUAGUUUGGGUCGGCAGAAGAUUGCCAUUGAGAAAAUAUCAAAGAAAUCUCAUUUACAAGUUACCUUUUCCAAGCGUCGUGCCGGACUUUUCAAGAAGGCUAGUGAGCUUUGCACUCUUUGUGGUGUUGAGAUUGCGAUAAUAGUUUUUUCUCCUGCUGGCAAGGCAUUUUCAUUCGGCCAUCCUGAGGUUGGGUCCGUCCUGAAGAGAUUUCUUGCCCGGAAUCCCCUUGGUUCCAUUUCAUGCCAGUUCAUCCAAGCUGACAGAAACGCCAAUGUUCGUGAGUUAAAUGUGCAACUGAUUCAUGCCCUUAAUCAAUUGGAAGCUGAGAAAAAGAGAGGAGAAGCACUUAAUCGGAUGAGGAAAUCCAGCCAAAGUAUGUGCUGGUGGGAAGCUCCUGUUGAUGAACUUGGGUUGCAAGAACUGGAACAGCUUAGGUAUGCAUUGGAGGAUCUAAAGAAGAAUGUCGCAAAAGAAAUCGACAGGGUUUUGGGUACUACUACUAGUUUGCCAUUUUUAGCAGGAAACAGUUUCAGAUUAUGA